AUGAGCCGCCAAUUUAGUUCUCAGUCUGCGUUCACCUCAAGAAGCAAGCGGGUUUCUAGCGUUGUCUCUUCUGGAGGCUUUGGUUUGGGGAACAGGGCGGUGGGCUCUGUGUGCCAGGCCCGGGGGAGAUGUGGUGGUGGUGGAUAUGGCUAUGGGAGCUAUGGAAGCUAUGGGAGAGGGUUUGGCUCUCGAAGCCUUUACAAUCUGGGUGGCAAUAAAAGCAUCUCCAUUAGCCUAGUGGGGAGAAGUGCCAGUGGCUUUCGCCAGGGUGGAGGGGCAGGGGUUGCAUUUGGAGGGAGCAGAAGCUUUGGGGGUGGUGGCUAUGGAGGAGGUGGGUUUGGUGGUGCUGGGUUUGGAGGUAGCAGUUUUGGGCUUGCGGGCUUUGGUCCUUCUUGUCCCCCAGGGGGCAUCCAAGAGGUGACCAUUAACCAGAGCCUCCUACAGCCGCUUCACCUGGAGGUAGACCCUGAAAUUCAGAGGAUCAAGCUCCAGGAGCGGGAGCAGAUCAUGGCACUCAACAACAAGUUUGCCUCCUUCAUUGACAAGGUGCGAUUCCUGGAGCAGCAGAAUCAGGUGCUGCAGACGAAAUGGGAGCUGCUGCAGCAGGUGAACACCACCACUCGAAGCAACAACUUGGAGCCUGUCUUGGAAGCCUACAUCGCUGAUCUGCAGAAGCAAAUCAGCCUUCUCAACACAGAACAGAUGCGCCAGAACACAGAGGCCAGGAACAUGGAAGAUGUCGUGGAGGACUACAAGAACAAGUAUGAAGAGGAAAUCAACCGGAGGACCAGUGCCGAGAAUGACUUCGUUGUCCUAAAGAAGGAUGUGGAUUCUGCUUACACAAGCAAAGUGGACCUGCAGUCUCGGGUGGACAGUCUCUUAGGGGAGACCACUUUCCUGAAGUAUCUAUAUGACAUGGAGCUGUCCCAGAUGCAGACCCACAUCAGUGACACCAAUGUCAUCCUGUCCAUGGACAACAACCGCUCCCUGGACCUGGACAGCAUCAUUGAAGCAGUGAAGACCCAGUAUGAGAUAAUUGCACAGAAGAGCAAGGAUGAGGCUGAGACUCUGUACCAGACCAAGUACCAGGAGCUCCAGAUCACAGCGGGGCGACAUGGAGAUGAUCUGAAGAACAGUAAGAUGGAGAUUGCUGAGCUUAAUCGUACCAUCCAGAGGCUGCAGGGAGAUAUCAACAGCAUCAAGAAGCAGAUUGAGCAGAUGCACUCAGCCAUUUCAGAUGCUGAGGAGAGAGGAGAACGUGCCAUCCAGGACGCACGGCAGAAGUUGCAGAACUUGGAGGAGGCCUUGCAGCAGUCCAAGGAGGAGCUGGCCCGCCUGCUGCGUGACUACCAGGCUCUGCUGGGAGUUAAGCUGUCCCUGGAUAUGGAGAUUGCCACCUACCGCAAGUUGCUGGAGGGCGAGGAGAUCAGGAUGUCAGGAGAUUUGCAAAACCAAGUGAGCAUCUCGGUGCAGAGCAGCCAGGUGUCAGUCAGCGGCGGUGGAGGAGGCCGAGGGUCUGGAGGCUACGGAGGCGGCAGCGCCGCUGGAGGCUACGGGGGCAACAGCUCCCGAGGGGACGCCGGGGGCAGCUAUGGCCGGGGCUCCCGAGGGGCUAGUGGAGGCGGUUACGGGACCAGCGGCGGCGGGAGCUACGGAGGAAGCAGUAAAAGCAGUAGCAAGUACGGAGGAAGAAGCGGCGGCAACUCCCGCGUGCAGAUCAUCCAAACUUCUACCAACACCUCCCACAAGCGCAUCGUGGAGUAG